ACAGAUCAGACCAGAGCAGACAAUAGGCCCCUAAAGUCUUCCCCCUAAGUUGCUUUGAUGUUGUCCUAGUGUCUUGAUACCAGGAGGCCAGGGAUUGCAGGAAAAGGGUCUUUUUUGUCUUCAUUCACUUUCCCCCCUCAGUUUGUGACAUGAUUCUCCAGAAUUUCUCCUCAUAAAAAAGGACUGAAUGUGGGGCUAGCUGGUGUCACUCUACUUUGACCUAAUAACUCCCUUCUGUUUGGGAGGCAGAGAUCAUUCUUGGAAAGUUCUUCUGUGUCCCAAUGUAGAAGAGAGAGCAGAUUGGACAUCCUGAAAGGUGAGGGCACCUUUGAGAAAGGGGUUCCUGGACUCCUCCCACUCCUCACCUCCAGGAUGAGCACUGCAGUAUCGUGACCCUUGGGGUUUUGGUGAGUAGCUUGACAGAUAGUAGCAUUAGGGAACCUGGCUGGUUUAGAAAGAUGAUCUUGGGGAAAAGCUUCAACUUUUAUUCAAGAGAGAUUUUAUAAGCAAAUUCCCUGUGCCAGGUGCUACAGUAAUACUGGGAAGACAGGGCUGACCAAACCACUCUUGGUCCCCGCCUCGCCUUUCUGAAGCAGAAAUUCUGAAGCCAAGAUUCCAUUCAUUUGGCAAAAAUAUUCAAACUCAAUACGGAGGGUUGAGGUGAAGGAGGGACUUGUCCAGAAAACUCCUGUGUUUGCUGCAUGAGCACGUGGGUGGGUGGAGGUGCCAUUUUCUACGGUGUGGAGGACCGAAGGAGUAUUUGUCUGGAGAUGAAGAACUCCCCUCCCAUCUUGUUUAAGUUUGAGACUUCUAGGGAGAUGUCAAGGCGGCAUCUGUGUGUGCAGGUCUGCAGGGCAGAAACUGAGCUGGGAAUGGGAAUUGGAAGUUGUUGGCUUGGAGAGAGCAUAUGGGAUGAGAAGAGAAGAGGUCCCAGGAUUGAGUCCUGAGGACCUCUGAGUCGUGGAGCUUGAGUAGGCAAGGGGCUGGCACAGGGGGCAGACAGAGUGAUUUGGCGACGCGGGAGGACAUUUAGGAAAGUGCAGCACCAUGGAAACAGAGAGAGGAGUGUUCAAGAAGGAAGCCAUUGGCCAGCAGACUAAGAGAUGGAGUAAGGUGAGGUUAGAACAGUGGCCAGUGGUGACCUUAACCAAUAGUGGUUUCUGUGAUUUGGGUAGGGAUCUGGGGAUGGAAGUUGGUUUAAAACGGUGAAAGGGUGAAUGGCAAGGAAGGAAGUGAAGACCAUGUGUCUUGUUAACCCUGUGGAGAAACCUGGCUCUGAAAGGGAAGAAUAACAUGCUAGGGCUAGAUUUUGUUUUCCUGUAAUUUUGGGUUUGUUUUUAUUUUUUCAAUGCUGGAAGAGACUACCACAUGUCUGAGUGGUGAUUGGAAAUACGCAGGAGAGAGCAGGGAAAGCCAAAGGACAGAGUGAGAGCUCUCAGAAAGCUGGAAGGGAUGGGACCUAGACCACACGUGGUAGGCUGACCUUUGAGGAAAACUGGGCUGUUUUUUCUAGUUCAGGAAUAGAGAAGAAGGAGAGGAUAGGUACUCUGAAAAUAGGUUGGCACAUUUGGUGGUGAGCAUGUCACAUCCUGCCUGGUGACUUCUUGUUAAGUCCUGGGCAAGACCAUGCAUUGAGAAAGGGGAGGAAAGGCAAGAAGGGGACAGUUGGAGAUGAAUAAGAUAUGAAAUAACAUUCAGCAAGAUGAGCCAGUGUGCUGGCUAGAGAGUAGUAGUCAUCAUAGUCAUAGUUAACCCUCAUGUUCAUGCUCUGCUGCCAAGCACUAUAUUUUGUGCACUGGUUCCCCUUGUCUACCAAGUCCCCAUCCUGAAAGGUGCCAGACAGAGUGAUGACGAGCACAGCCAGGGCACCUGGCCCAGUGCCAGCUCUCCCACUUACUGGGGUAUGGCUAACUCAGGUGUGAUCCACCUUGUGCUCCGGCAAACAGCUAAAUACUUCUGAGGCCCAGUUUCCUCAUCUCUCAAGUGGGGAGAGUGGCAUUGUGGUCUGUGAGUUUAGUAUGCACAGACAGUGCUUAAAAGAGUGCCUGACACCUACUUCGGAAGAAUGUUAAAUAAGAUCUAAGAAGAAAAGGGAGAAACAUUGAAUAAGUAGAUCUUAAAGUUAGGAGAUUUCUUUAUAUGGGAGGAAAAAAUCUCUCUGUGGCUGUAAUGAAGCAUCUUCUGUGGAACAGCUUUUCCAACCUUUGGAUAAACAGGUGAGUACCACCCUGCAAAUGGAGGAGCCUAAUUCUAAUCUUUGGAAAUAUAUGAUAAGACACUCGGUGGAUUUUUUUUUUUUUUCUCAGCCAAGGCUAAGGCAAGGGUGACUUAGUUCAGCAACUCCCCUGGAUCUUUUGAAAACCCUGCAUCUUGUUCCCUGUCAUCACUGAGUCCGCAUGCUUGUUUUAGCCUUCCGUGCUCUCUCUCCACCCAUAAAGUUAUGAUGAAGAGGUAGCUUCGAGGAAGAGCAGAGUCAGGGAGAGCCAAUGGCAAAACCUCAGAGAAGCCACACACACCAGUCAUAUGCACUCUGUCCAUUCAUCUGUAAAAUGCCUGUUGCUCCAGGUUGAGCAACUUUCGAGAAUAAGAAACUGUCUGUAGGAGUACUUUGAAAUACAAGUGUUACAUGCUCACAGUAUUAUUAGAAAUAAUCAUUUUUCCUGACUCUUCAGAAAUGCCUGGCAGAUUGAGGUGAUUUGGUAUUUGUAAUAGGUUUUGAGUUCCUUUGGAAAAAGAGUGCAACACAAAUGCCAGGUGUUUCCGUUCUGGGAGAAGCUUGAGUAAGUCACAGAGGGUCCAAACACAUCUUAGUACAUCAUGCUGAGUAUUAGAGACAAGCCAAAGACUUUUUUUUUUUUGCCAAAGAACUUUAAAACAGGAUUCUUGUCUUCAAAGAACAUAGUCUUCAUAGGGAGAUGAAACAUAACACAUAGGACUAUUCAGUAUGCCAUAUGAUCGAGUGCUCGAAUGUGUGAUGCAGACAGAAAGUGCCAGAAGUUAUAGAAGGGGACUAUCUAGGUGGUAACUGCUUUUCUGUUCCUGAUAUAAAUGUUUUCUGAUGGCUUUGUCCAUGCAAGAUUCAUUUGCUACUUCUAUUUUACCAGUGUUUGCUGAUGUUUGGUGAGAGGUCACAAAAUUGUGUAUGAUCACGUCUGUCAAAUUUGACAACUGCAAUCAAUUUUAUAGUUUAAACUGGAGAAAAAAAAAAAGCUGAAGGUGGUGGGGGAUGAAAAUACAACCUUAAGUAUAAUCAAGACCAAAAUGUUUUUUAGGAUGUUUUCUCCUAAGGUCGGCAUAGAAACAUUCUGUAACAUUUUAUUCUAGUUCUUUUUCCUGACUUCUUCAUUUAAAAAGAAAAAAAUGCAAUCGUGUGUACCAAGAACCUCCACCAAUUCCUUUCAGCGGCUCAGGUUAAAUAGCUGGGACUAUUGCACUUUCCAAUGAAGAAAUGGACAUUUCACGCUUGGCAGUGAUCCUGCUCAGUGCCAAAACCUGGACUAGAACUACUCUCCUUUGUCCAGUCCUGGAGCCUCUCAAAGUGCCUAUAUAUAAGCUGGAACACCUGAGCUACUUCUAAUUCCCUUUGGUUCUUCAGGCACUAACUAAUCCUGCAUCUGGCAUCUUCUUCCUUCAGCCCCAUACCCUAGCAGCAAGAUCACAGGAGGAGAGGAGGGAGUUGAGGAGACUGUGGUCACCAGAAAACCCUAUUGGGAACUUCCCUGGAAGGAGCAGUGACUGAAAUUGUACCUUGGUUUUCCCUGAACUAGUUUAGGCUUCCUUAAGUAAAGGGCUUUCUCAUUUGUUCUCUGGCUAGGUUUCAGAGUAUUUUCUUGACCUUUAUGCGUUGAAUUAGCCUUGCAAAUUGGCUCAAAAAAUAUCUUAGCUUUCGAAGCUGUUCUUUUACCUUCAGCAUUAUGGAUCAUUCCCAUGCUUACCCAUGCCUGUGGUCCCUGUCAUUAAACAGUGAGAGCUCAAGACACAUCCUUGGCAUAAUUUAAUAGAAAGAUCAUGGAAGUCAGGGGGCAGAACUGAUUGUAUUUGGUAUUGGCUCGAUAGCUGGUUUCAGGAGUACCUCCUCCAACGUCUCUCCAUCCUGAGGCCCUGAGAAUGUAAACACAGAUUAAUUUGUUUCAUGGUUGGGAAUCAGGAUGGGUUUGUUACAUUUCAGUGCCAUCGUUUCCCAUCGGAGGUGAAACACCAGACAGUUGCUUUGGAUUUGGAGUAGUACCCUUUGGUUGCAAAGCAUCGUUUUGAAAAAAGAAAAACUCAAGUUUUUGACGGGUUUGUAUUUGAAAGUAGAGAAAUGUAAGGGAGAAUGUGUGCCUGAAGAUAAAAUGUUUUUCUCAUGUGCUUACAAACGCCUGGUACAUGAUACUUGGUGGGAGGCUCAAGUGCUUGGCAGAAAAUCUUGUCACUCUUCAGCUGCCUGAGCGCCAGAGCAUGAAUAUCGCUGCUCCCUUAACCCUGUUGGAAGCUGAGGAGUGAUCUAUCUGCCACAUCCUCGAGUUGGCUAGUACUUUAACUUUGAUCCUGUUGUAAGGGUGUUUUGUGUCUUUUGUGUUUUUGCUCCCAACCCUUUUUGGGUGGCCUUUUCCCGUAGUGUGCCCUGGAGAUGCGAGAUUUUCCUUUGGCAGCAGGAGGCACACACCCAGAGAAUGCUGGAGCUGCAAGGGGAAAGGACCCACUUCCACAGCAAAGAAAAACAAAGAGGAAAAAGGCAUACAGGUGGCCAGCGCUAAGGGAAGCGCCCAACAAGCAGCGGGCCGCUGCCACUGCCCUGAGCAGCUGCUUCUGUUGCUGCCCGAGAGGAACUCGGUGA